AGGAGGCGACUCUCAGAGAUCUGGUGUAUUCAGGGUGGUAUGGCCAUAUGCAGAAAGCAACUUCCAGAAAUUCUUUCUCUCCUUCCACCACUGGAUCCUGAGGAUUGAACUGGGGCCAUCAGGCUUGGUGGCAAGCAUCUUUACCCACUGAGCCUUCAUGCUGGCCCAGAAAUGAGUCCCACUUCAGAGUCUGUAGUUGAACAAGGUCCCAGGUGAUUCCUAUGCCUAGACUUCCUCUCUGAAUAUUUGGAUGUAGAAUUGCUAAGCUUGAGAGCUCUGGUGAUUACUGUGGAGAGGCCUGCAGGGGAAACUCCUGUUCAUCCCCCCUCAUUCUUUAUUCCUUGGACCAGAAGGAGUCAAAAAGCCAAGAAAGACCACCAAUAUGAGGAUGGGAGGGGCAGCUCCUUUCUAGAACAGGAAAGGGGCAAUGCGGUGCCUCCAUAGUCGAUGAUGCCGUCAGAGGAAACAGAGGCGGGGAGGCUGUGGGGCUGUAAGAACCACAGAGUCUGCAGCUGGGAGCUGGAGCUCUGAGGAGUGGCACCUGUGUCUACAAAGGGCUCAGAUCUGGGGCCUCACUCUCUGGCCACAGUGCUGGUUAGGACUGCCUGAUCUGGUUUCCCGUAGAAGCAAAGGGCUCCUGACCCAGUAUCGUGGAGCUGGCUGUCUGCUAACAAGCUUACUCAGAAUGCUUCUGGUGAUCCUACAGGCUGAGAUGAGAAUGUGCUAGUACUUAAGAUGACAACUAACUUAGUACUUGCCAAGGCUUGACCUGUCAGGCCAACGUGCGAAUUGGCUGAGUGCCCUCACCGAACUUCCCAUGACAAACCUUAAUGUGCCUCUGAGAGUCUGCUGAGGAAUGAUGGGAAGUUUGCCCAGCAGAAGAAAAAGCCUCUCCAGCCCAAGCUCCAACCCCAGUUCCUCUGGUCUGGGCCAGGGACCUGUGUCCACACACGCAGAGAGAAACAAGGUCACAGCUGUGGCCCUGGGCAGUUUUCCAGCAGGUGAGCAGACAGGACUGUCUCUGAGACUUGGGGAGCCGCUGACCAUCGUCUCUGAGGAUGGAGAUUGGUGGACAGUCAUAUCGGAAGUCUCGGGCAGAGAGUAUCACAUCCCCAGUGUUCAUGUGGCUAAAGUCUCCCACGGGUGGCUGUAUGAGGGCCUGAGCCGGGAAAGAGCUGAGGAACUACUCUUGUUGCCUGGGAACCCUGGAGGGGCCUUCCUUAUCAGAGAGAGCCAGACCAGGAGAGGCUGCUAUUCCUUGUCCAUCCGACUCAGCCGCCCUGCAUCUUGGGACCGGAUCAGACACUACAGGAUACAGUGCCUUGACAAUGGCUGGCUGUACAUCUCACCACGCCUCACCUUCCCCUCACUCCAGGCCCUGGUGGACCAUUACUCUGAGCUGGCGGAUGACAUCUGCUGUGUCCUCAAGGAGCCCUGUGUCCUGCAGAAGCUUGGCCCACUACCUGGCAAAGAUACACCUCUACCUGUGACUGUGCAGGCGGCAUCACUCAAUUGGAAAGAGCUGGACAGCACCCUGUUUUUGGAAGCGCCUGCCAGUGGGGAAGCAUCUCUUCUCAGUGAGGGGCUCCGAGAAUCUCUCAGUUCCUACAUCAGCCUGACUGAGGAUAACUCCUUGGAUGACGUCUAGUCCAAGCAGAAAGUGAAAGGGGUACCAAGGCUGCUUCUCCCAGGACUCCAACUCAGCCGAAUCUGAUGCAACACCUUAGAGGCAAGACUGCGAAUGCAGAGGGGUUGGGCUGGGGUGCAGGCACAUCCAGAGGCCCACCUAGACCUCCUGCUCCUUCCCCUCUAGAAUGUAAGAAGUCAUUUAUCUCCUCCCAUGGCCUUCAACUUUUAGUCCAUGUACAGUGUAGUUCAAAGCAGGGGCAGGCCUCUACAGAGAGCAAAUUACUUCUGAGGUUUCGUAGGUCAGUUCCUGAGAGGGAUGUCCAGCAGGAUUGCUGUGUCCCAUCCCCCAUUAUGACUGCUCCUCAGCCCUACUAAAAGGCAGAGAUCACCACUAUCAUGGAGAGAGAAAAAAAAUACUAGGGAAAUUUACAAGACUCAUUAAGAACACAAACACAUCUCAGAUGGUAGGAUGGCUCAGAAAGCAAAGACAAGCAGAACACCUGAUGGCCCACCACAGCAGCCCCAACCUUAUCCCACGUAGAACAGACCAACCAUCUAGAUUUUCCCCUUGAACCCUCACAUCAAGUCCCUUUUUCGACAGCCCAGCUCUCAGAUCUCUACACUUCAUUUAGUGUUCACCAAAACACAACCCAGUCAUACCCCACCCAGUCUUGCUAUCUGGUAGCCAAACACAAAAUGACACUGUUUAAGUCUCACACUGUAGACCAGUUGUCACCUCUCUCGGUGCUGAGCCAGGAUAUCAGGCAGUAGACCCUCUCCGCAAUGUUAAUACCAAGGCACACUAAAACCAUCACCAACUCCAGCCCCUCAUUUCCCAUGACAGCCAAAAAGAGAAAGAGGCCUGGCCAAAGCUGCUAUGGGAGCAGAGAGACAGAGGAGGAUAUGUGUGUGUGUGUGUGGGGGGGGGCAUUCUGCCUAACAUUCCUAGGUUCUGAGGGUACAGGUGUUUAAGCAAGAUUUUAGUUUACCAGGCAUGCCAACACUUUCAGUUAGACUUGUUUAUUCAAGUAUCCGAAAACACUCUACAGUGGAAACUUAUUAGAUGGCUGCCCGUACUGUGCAAUGGCUCAUGCACAUAGUGUUUCCAGAAGACUUGAGAUGCCAAUGAUAGUUUAAAAACUGUGCACCUGACGGAGGACUAAGGAAGACAAUUUCAUGUUUCAUCCGGAUCCAGGGGCCAUUAGAUUAGACAGCAGCUCCUCUUGGCAAACAGCUGUUACAAAGGCGCAUAAGAUUAGACAGCAGCUCCACUUGGCAAACAGCCAUUACAUGAUGGUGUCCAAGAAAAAAAAUGGUCGGCGAUAAACAAAUUCACAACUAUUUCCUCAAAGGUAGAUGGUUCUUUGAAAAGUUUCACAACCCUUGCAGAAAACACCGAUGCCCAACACGAUGAUUCUAAGUCCAAGAGAUAUGGGUCUUCUCAGUUCCACGUGGCAGGAGUGCCCCAACAAGCAUGUAUCUGUACUGUAAUAAAAGGGUCCUUUGGAUUGGACAGAAGAGAUGGGAGCAAACACUAUCAGUCAUAGUGGAUGGCAGUGUAAAAGAUGAUCCAAAUGACCUAAGGGAGACACAAACAAUGUUCAUGUUGUCACCUAGAUCAACACAGCUGCCCCACCCCCAUGAAAAUGGCAUUGCCUAAUUCUGAGUCUCAUAAAGAGUAAGUAUCAUUAAUCCCAAAACAUCACACCAAAGAGAAGGCCUGUUUCCAUGGUCCCUUAUCAUUUCCCACUUCUCCCUCCUACUGGCAACCAAUAACCUACUUUCUGUCUCCAUAACCCUGUAUAUCUUGGACAUUUCACUAAGUGGAAUCAUGUAGCUUUUCAUGUCUAGAUUCUUCCACUUAGUAUGCUCUCAAGGUUCACCUAUACUGCAAUACCACAGAAAGUUAUGUUUUACUGUAUGGAUAUAAAACGUUUGACACUUAAGAUGACA